UUAUAUCACAUCACAUCGCAUCGCAUCGCAUCGUAUCCCAAGACACCCCUCACUUUCAUCUUCAUCUACAUCCUCAUCUUCAUCCUUUAUCGUAUUGAGGAAUGAGGAAUGAGGAGUUGAUGUAUUUAUUUAUAUAAAUAGGUAUCUAUCUCCUUGCAUGAUUAUAUAACUAUACAGGGUUAAACGCAUUUGUCAAGAUCUUUUAUUUGCUACAUCUGUGUGUUGAGUUUGAGCUGAGUUUGAUAAGGAAGGAGCUGUACAACUUCGGAAUUCUUGUGCUUUUGAGUUACUAAGCUUCUUCAUCAUUCUUGAUUUGUUUACGGAGUCGUUGGCUUUUGUUAGAGAUUGGAGAUUUGCGAUUCUCUUGCAGGCGCAGGUUCUCUAGCUUACGUGCUCUCUGGCUCUCUGACUCGCAGGCUCGCAGGUUACUAGCUCCACUUCGCAUCAACGGCUCAAGCUAGACACUGGACAGACGAUCUUAUCGCACUCGAUGGAAUGAUUCUAUGAUUCUUAUCUGCUGUUGAAUAAUUAUUGAGUCGAAAGCGGUUUUUCCCUUUGCUAUUGCGACUACGACUAUAUAGUAGGGUACGCGCUUCAUUCACUUUCAAUCCCGUUUCGAUUUGCGCAUGAGUGUUCGAGAUUACACAAUUGGAUGGGACGAGAGUUUAUGAGUUAAGAAUUACUUGAACACGGAGCUCUAAAGCUCAAGGACUAUCUUGUCAUCACAAAUGCCACCCUUACAAUUACGCCAAGAAUUCCCUUCUCUAAAAGCCUUUAAAGAAGCCUUGCAUGCUUGGGCUAUCGAAGCACAUUUUGAACCUAGGAUUUUGAAAAGUGAUACUGGGAGAGUUAGGGUUGGGUGUAAGAGGGAUCCGGGAUGUCCGUUUGUGGUGAGAUGUAAUUGGGAGAGGAGAGGUGGGAGGGAACCAUUGGCUAGGGUUACGGUUUUGAGGGAGAGACAUACUUGUUUGGAUGAUUUGGUUAGUGUUGGGCAUCCGGGUGCUGGGGUUAGAGUUGGGGUUAGGGGACAGGUUAAUGGGGGGUUACCAUCGGGGAAUGGAAGUUGGGAUGGAAAUGUGGGAGGUAUGUCGGUAGGGAUAGGACAGAAUGGGAAUGGAGGAUUGGAUGGUGUGGGUAUUGGGAUGUCGACGGGAAUGGUGGUUAUAAAUGGAGAAGGAGAAAGUGGACAUAUUCUACCCGGAGCGAGAGUUAUUGAUCAACUUGAUGGGGGGAGUAAUAGUGGAAUGCCAAUACAAGGACAGGUUUUACCGGUUUUACCCAAAGUUCAAAGGAAUAGUGCGAGUCGAUUACCAUUUUUGAUGGGAAUUUUACCUAAAUUAAUGACGAUUACGAAAGAAACUACACCAGUGGAGAUUAGAGAUUGUUUGAUGAGGGAAUUUGGGGCAGAGGUACAUUUACAACAGUGUAGAAGGGCGAAGACGGAAAUUUUGAAGAAAGGAGGAAGUGGGGAUGAGGGAGGUAAUGGACAAGGAGGGGGAACAGGUAGUGAAGGGACGGUAGGGAAUGGAAGUGGAGGUGGAAGUGGUACAGGAAGUGGAAGUGGUAGUGGAAGCAGCAAUGGAAAUAAUGGUCAAGGUAGUAUACAAGGAAGCAACAACAACACACCACCAACCCAAGUCCUAUUCCCCGAAACAAACAACCACGUAAACGGAACCAACAACCCCGUAAACACAUCCAUGAAUAACGGAACAUCUACCUCUACACCUCAAAACACAAACAGAGUCGAUCCUCCCAUAACCCCAAAUUCAAAUCCAAAUGCAAAUCCAACUCGAACAGGCAGUAGUGCAAGUCCUCAACAACCUUUCAUACUACACACAGCUCAGGGAAUUGUAAUACCGGCUAUAUCGGAAAGAAAUGAUUCAACGUUGAUGCAGACCGAGCAACCAAUUCGUUGUCCGUAUUGUAUUAAUCAGAGGUGGUUGAGGAGUAUUAAGGAUGCCGUUGAGCAUUUGAGUAUGCAUGUUGUUGUUUGAUGGUGGGGUUUGAGGGGUGGAUUGUUUGUGGAUUUGGGGAUGAAGGAUGAAUGGGUGAGUGAUGUCGGUUUGAUUUUUAUAUGGUAUUGGUAUUGGUAUACGGGAAUAUGGAAUAAGGAGGGAAUAUCCAGGGUGGUACCUGACGUUUUGUCGUUGUGAUAUUAAUUAGGGAUUAUAAGA